UGUACUUUCAAUCUGAAAAAGUGGUAUGAACAGUGAUUACCGAGCUAUUUCAUCGAAAUUGAAUGUGAAGAUUUAUAAUUAAUUUGUCCAAGCAUAUUUUAGUUAUUAGUCUUCAAUUAUAUGUAAAAGCUAAAAGUAUAAAUUACUACUCGAAAAAAUGCAAACGGGUAAACCUGGAAAGGCACCCACGAAGGGGGCCAAACAGAUUCUGGUGGAAAAUGAAGCAACCAUUAGCUUCUACAGGAACAUGGGGCUUGCUGCAGUGGGUCUACAUGCUCUUAUUGUGCUCCUCAUUGGAGAAAGUUUUGCUUGGUUCAUGAAUUUUAUCAUAAUUUCCCUGCAAGUGGGCAGCUACCAGCUUAUGAAAUACGUCAGCCGACCGAGGUACACCGACAGCAACCAGCUGAUAGAUCCGGGCAUUGAUUUAAACAUGGAAGGCGGCAUGGGAGAACACAUCAAGGACAUCGUUAUUUUAUCUUCGGUAACACACGUGGCGGCUGCUAUUUCGAACUACUUCUGGUUUCUGUUGCUUCUGUUGCCAUUGAGGGCCUUCUACUUGCUGUGGAUCAACAUCUUGGGACCCUGGUUCUUCCAGGCCCCACCUGACGAAGACGACGAUGAGAAAAAGAGAAAAAAGUUGGACAAAAAAAUGAAACGUGUUCACUUUAAUAGUUCCCAAAAGAAAUGAAGAUCAAAUAUAAAUCAACAUGUUCUUUA